UAAUUCUUCUAUGUUGAUGUUUUUUAUGUUUCAUUCCUUUUCUCUUCUCUCUCUUCUCAUCAUCAUCACCAUUUUCUCUCACUAGCCACCAUUGUUGUUCUUAAUUUCUUGAUUAUGGAACAAAUGAUGGUACCACCAUGGCUAGAACCAUUGCUAGCAACAUCAUUCUUCACCAUUUGCCCUAGACAUUCCGAUUCCGCUCGUAGCGAAUGUAAUAUGUUCUGCCUUGAUUGCAAGAACGGUUCGUUUUGCUUCUACUGUCGAUCAUCCAAACAUAAGGAUCAUCUCGUUCUUCAAAUAAGGAGGUCGUCGUAUCACGACGUUGUUAGGGUUGGUGAGAUUCAAAAUGUGACGGAUAUAAGCGGAGUUCAAACUUACGUUAUAAAUAGUGCUAGAGUUAUAUUUCUAAAUGAAAGACCUCAACCUAAAAGUACUAGUACUAGCAAAGGUGUUUCUCCUCAUUUAUGUGAAAUUUGUGGAAGAAGUCUUUUAGAUCCAUUUCGUUUCUGUUCUCUUGGAUGUAAGGUAGAAGGAAUAAAGAAAAUUAGGGUUUCAAACUUUAACUUGAGCACAAAGAAUGAAGAAAUAGAAGGAAGAAGAUUGGCAUCAAAGGAAGAAGCAGAAGAGGAAGAAUUGCGUGUGGAGAGACCACAAGAAAUGUAUAGAACCACUUCCAAUCAACAUCCGCCAUCUCAUCAUAAUUCCAAUUCAAGAAGAAGAAAAGGCAUUCCUCACAGGGCACCUUUUGGGUCUUAAAUUAAUUAUUAAUUAAUUAGUCAAUUGAUUAAAUACUAAAUCAUGAUUAAGCUUCCUUUAAAACAUUGUAUAUCCAGCUCAUUCUUCACAAGCCAUCACAUGGGAACCAGAGGGGUUAAUGUGAUAAAUAAUUAAUAGAAAGCAAUCAAAUGUUAAGCAAAAUUAUAUAUACACAGAAGUAGGAGUAUUAAUUUUUUUGUGUUA